CACAAAUCACAGCAUUUCUCCUUUCCUCCGGGUCAGAGAAGCAGAUCUCUAUUUAGGUCGUGCAUGGCGGAAAACAAUGCAAAAAAAAACGUUCACAUCUUUGCUAUAAAAGAGGAUUUUUAUCGUGUAAUCUAAAAAGUUAAGAUGCCAAAUUUAGGAUCAAAGAAGAAAGACAAUCUAUCCAGAAUGGAAAGACGCACACAGGACUUGCCACAGUUGAGCAAUGAGUUGCAGCUGCAGAUCUUGAACAAGGUGAAGACUGGAGAGCUGUCCAUCGAUGAUGCUCUGAACCAGGCCAGGCAGGACGGGAAGCAGCAGCUCACACAGAAGAGCCUGGAUGAAGAGAAACCACAACCCUCACAGUACAACUUCAGUGUACACAAGCACAGUCACUACAGGUGGCAGAAGAGGGUUCUUCAGAUUGACUUCAAAACCAAAAUGCUGUGCAGCAUCGAGAAAGGCAUCAUCAAGAGACAACUUCCCUUCUCUAUUGUCAAGAGUUGUGAUGAUGGAGUGGGUUCCAGGUUCUCCAUUUCCUUUAAAGGAUAUCAUGAUUAUGAAUUGGAGGCCACUUCACUGGAGGACAAACACAAGAUAAUGCAGCUUGUGAAUAAGAUAAUUUAUGGGAACAUAUACAGCGAUGAUGAAGAGGGCAAUGCAGAAACAAGUCAGCAGCCUCAAGCAUCACAGAGUCUUCGGCAAGGCUUCUUGUUGCUGCACCGAGGCGGCCUGGCAUCAUUCAGAUGGGUGAAAUAUGAGAUCCAACUCCACCCGGGUCAGCUGACACUGUUCCCCAUCAGGCAACGAGCCCCCGCUGAUGGUGAGCUGAGAAACUCGGUGCCCAUCGUGAUUCACCUGUCAGACGGCGACACCAGCGUACAGAAGCCUCACAACUCCGACACUUUCACACUCAUCACCCACAAAAAUGAGUACCAGUUCCGGGUGCCUUUACCAGAUCAAACAGCUUCCCCUGGGGCUGUGCAGAGGGAGCGAGAUGCUUGGGUCCAUGCCAUUGACAGACUGUGCUCAGACUGGAAGAGGAAGUCCAAGAUCGAACCCAUGUUUGUGGAUAAAAAGGAUCUUCGACAUCUCAGCUUAUCUGAAGACGAGGACACGAACACAGACCUCGAGUCGAGUGGUGGAUUUGGUGGUGGAAAUAAGAUUUUUCCUCCAGUUGAUUAUCCCAACUCUGCCGAUGGAGAUCAUUUACCAGCUGGGGACACGAGUCACAGUUUUCCCUCAGCUGAUUUGACAAAGCCUGUCCCUAAACCUCGCAGCAGUAGUUCGACUGCUGUUAUCAUGCCUGAUAUGUUGCCCCCCGUCCCAUCACCAACCUCCCCCGGUGUCUUUGUCUUACCUUCACCCACUUUCCCUCAACCCUCACCCCCCACUACUGCCCUCACAUCCCCUUCCACAGUCCCAGAGUCUCUUAACCAUGAAUCAGGCUCUUCAGUUGUGAAAGGGCCUUCACCCCCGAGCAUCCCACCCCCGCCGCCUUUACCCUGCAAAUUCAUGAUUAGAAAAAAACCACGCACCAAGGCUUUCCACUGGGACCUAGUCGGCACAGAGAAGAUUGCAAAAUCAUUUUGGAUACAAGAAAGCACCGGGAGGAUUAAAAUCGACACAUCGCUCUUAUAUGAGCAAUUUGCCGUUAAAGAUGUGGGGACGUUUGGUGCCGCCGAGCCGAGCCACACGCAGCAUAUUAUGCUCAACCAGAAGAUUGCGCACAACUUCAACAUUUUCCUCAAAAGUUUUCCAGUACAACCGGGAGAGUUGAAGGACAAACUGUUUAUCGUUCGCGAGGAAGAUGGAGGCAUGUCUGACGAGCACAUCACGUCUCUGCGGAGGUACGUCCCAACGCUGGAUGAUGUGGAAAUGUACAAAUCCCACACGGGACCCGUGACAGAGCUGCAUAUUGUGGACCAGUACAUGAUGGAGAUGUGCAACAUCCCAUGCCUGAGCACACAGCUCGACCUGCUGCUGACUCUGAGAGAGAUCCCGAUCAGCGUGAACGACCUGCAGCCUCUGAUUAACCAGAAGAUCAGAAUAUGCACGCAGCUGAACAACUGCAGGUCAUUUGUUUCCGUGCUGGAGUACCUCCUCACCAUUGGCAAUUACCUCAACGAGAACGCCAGGAAGGAAAAGGCCAAGGGAUUCCGCCUCUCCUCCUUAACUAAACUCUCCCAGCUCCGUGGGAGAGACAAGAAGUUCACCUUGCUCCAUGCCCUUGUGGAGCAGAUCCUGUUGCAUGAACCGUGCCUGGCCACUUUUACACAGGAGUUAGCAGAAUUUGAAACCGUCCCUGGAGCUUCCAUCAAAGGCUUGACCGCAGAAGUGGAUGUCCUGAAGAAUGAACUGCAGAAAGUCAUUCAGUAUAGAAAAACUUCUAAGAAGAAGAAUUCUGGAGUUCAUCACCCAAACUUCUCAAAAGACUUGAAGAUGGCAAUUGAGAAAUAUAACACGGAUCUCUCUGCACUGACGAAGACGUGUGAGGAGAUGAAGAAACUCUACUCUGUCAUACUGGUUAAAUUUGGUGAACCGGCGGAUCAAGACUCCCAGGAGCUCUUUGGGUUGAUCUGCCAGUUUGUCCACAACUUCAGGGAGGCCCGGGCUGAAAUGAUAUGAGUAGCGAGGCGUCGGAGGAACCACCGGGACCGCAGCGAUGCUUAUCGAACAAAGCGAACUGAGAUCUUAUUGUCUUAGUCACAGUUCAGUGAGAUUAAGAUGCAAAAACAAUGUACGAUAGAGCUUUUAAUGCUUCAGAUGUUUUGUAAAAUGUGCCAUUCAUUUAUAUUAUUAGUACAUGCUCGUAUGUGUUUCUCUCCUGUGUUGCUGUACAGGUGUUUUAUAAUAGGCUUUGAAUGUGACAUAAUGUGACAUUGUACAGACGUACAGUGUAGUGACGCACCUGGAUGAAAGGAUGCUGCUGGAAAUCAAUCAUGUGAAAAUAAAACAGAUCUGUCACAUUGA